UAUACUUGAGCAAAAAAUCAGGGAAGAAUGCAGGACGAAAAGGGAAACAAGGGAGAGGAACUCGCGUCCGGCAUUGCCACGAGCUCGCAGCAGCUUGCUGUAACUCAAGCGGCCUGGCCGCAGCCGCGGGCUCACGGUGGCCUAAGCCUCGGUCGUGAGCUCGAGACGGCCUGGCAACGAUCGCCACUCACGGCUGCCCCGCCGCGACCGCAAGCUUGCCUAAUGAGCUCGCCGAUCGCGCGGGCUAUUGACCGGCUAACACGGAAGGAAGUUGGUUCGUCGGAUUUGCCACCGGAGGAAACACUGGACGAAAGAAGAAGGUAAUUGUUGUUGGCUGCCCGGAUCUGACAUCGGAGGAAGGAAAUUGGCCUUUCCUUUCCAUUUAGACAAAAGGCGAAAUCAAACAAAAUGAUCGGCUGAGCUUGAUCCCAUGGCGGAAGGCGACGGUCAGGAUCAGUUAGAUGUUUUUUAUUUGUCUAUUUUAAGAAAUGGGUUAUACAAUGAGCCGCCUUCAAUUUAUUGAUUAUUCUUGGUAUUAGUUUUUAAUUUAUUAAAUUCAUAUUUAUUUCCUGUGCUCGUCGUCCUUCUCCGACUCCGAUCGCUUCGCCAACUCCUCCGCCACGGCCAUGGCGUCCUCCUCUGCCUCUCUACCUGGGCUUGAGGCAGUGCAGGUGCUGGUUUCGUCCUUGGCCGACGAAUCGCCGGUCGUAAGAGAAUCAUCUCUGGCAUCCCUAAAAGAAAUCGCCCCUUUGAAUCCUAUUUUAGUGAUCGAUUGCUGUGUCGCAAUCUCAAAAGGAGGGCGCCGGCGUUUUGGUAAUAUGGCUGGAGUGUUCCUGGUAAUGGCACGCGCUGUCCGGGCAAUGGAACAGAAGGAUGUCGAUUCUACAUAUAUGGUUAAACUUGCAAAGAUAGCUACCUCAGAGAUGAUCACCUCUAAGGAUUUUAAUGCUGAUUGGCAAAGGGCGGCAGCUGCUGUACUUGUCUCAAUUGGAUCCCAUGCGCCUGAAUUGAUGAUGGAGGAAGUUUUUCUCCAUUUAUCUGGACCUAACUUAGCUUUGCAAUCCAUGGUUCAGAUACUUGCGGACUUUGCUACGACUGAAGCUCUGAAAUUCGCUCCACAUUUGAAAGAUGUUUUUCUGCGUGUAUUACCUAUUCUUGGAAGUGUGCGGGAUGCCCAACGACCAGUUUUUGCAAAUGCAUUCAAAUGUUGGUGUCAGGCUGCUUGGCAAUAUGUUGGAGAUUUCCCUUCUAAUCCGCUUUUUGAUACUGAUGUCAUGUCAUUUAUGAACUCUGUUUUUGAAUUACUGUUGAGAGUUUGGGCUAAUUCACGAGACCUAAAGGUACGACUUUCUGCAGUAGAUGCUUUAGGGCAGAUGGUUGGUCUUAUUACCCGUUCACAGUUGAAGGCAGGGUUACCUAGGCUUAUCCCUACAAUCUUGGACUUAUACAGAAAAGAUCAAGAGAUUGCUUUUCUUGCCACACAGAGUUUGCACAAUCUUCUCACCGCUUGUCUCCUAUCUGAAAAUGGCCCUCCCCUACUUGAUUUUGAGGAACUCACUGUGAUCUUAUGCAGUCUUCUUCCAAUUUCUUGCAUCAACAACCAAACUCAUAGUUCAAAUUUUUCAUUGGGACUAAAGACAUAUAAUGAAAUUCAACAUUGUUUUCUUGUGAUUGGCUUGGUAUACCCUGAUGAUCUCUGUGCCUUCCUUCUGAAUAAAUGUCAAUCAAAUGAGGAACUACCAAUGAUUGGAGCACUCUGUGCAAUAAAGCAUUUACUUCCCAGGUUGUUGGAAGCUUGGCAUGGAAAAAGAUCAUCACUUAUUGAAGUCGUCAAAUUGUUGGUAGAUGAGCAAAGUUUAGGUGUUAGAAAAGCACUUGCAGAGUUAAUUGUUGUCAUGGCUUCGCACUGUUACUUGAUUGGACCUCCGGCGCAACUUUUUGUGGAGUACCUUGUACGCCAUUGUGCUAUAUCAGAUCAUGAAAUAAGAAUGCACAAGGCUUCUGAGGAAACCUCUUCUAAAAGCAUCCCGUUCCAGGCAUUUCAGAAUAAGAAGGCAAUGAUUGAUCCAGUUAGUCUAUCUGAAUUAAGGGCAAUCUGUGGAAAAGGUCUCCUUUUACUAGCUAUCACCAUUCCUGAGAUGGAGCAUGUACUUUGGCCUUUCAUCUUGAGGAUGCUUUUGCCUAAAAAGUAUACUGGCGCAGUUGCAACAGUUUGCAAGUGCAUAACUGAGUUGGGUAGGCACAGAUCAUUCCAGACAAGUCCAUUGUCUUGUGAAUUCAACACUUCAAAUGAUAUUCCUAGCUCUGUGGAUCUAUUUGCUCGUUUAAUGGUGCUCAUGCAUGAUCCUUUUGCAAGGGAGCAACUGGCGACUCAAAUUCUGACGGUCAUAUGCUAUUUAGUACCUUUGUUCCCCAAGAACCUCAGUUUUCUUUGGCAUGAUGAGGUUCCAAAAAUGAAGGCAUAUAUAAGUGAUCUUGAUGAUCUGAGGCAGGAUUUGUCUUAUCAAGAGACUUGGGAUGACAUGAUAGUCAAUUUUUUAGCUGCAUCUUUGGAUGUUGUCCAAGACAAUGAAUGGAUCAUUUCUUUGGGCAAUGCUUUUGCAAGACAGUAUGCCCUUUAUGAUGAUGAUGAUGAGCAUUUGGCUCUCCUUCAUAGAUGUCUUGGAAUGCUUCUUCAAAAAGUUGAUGAUAGGAUAUAUGUUCAUGGAAAGAUAGAGUGGAUGUAUGAUCGUGCAAACAUCUCUGUCCCUGUAAAUAGGCUUGGACUUGCUAAAGGGAUGGGACUGAUUGCUGCUUCUCAUCUCGAUACUGUUUUGGAAAAGUUAAAGCUUAUUUUAGACAAUGUUGGACAUAGCAGAUUCCAAAGGAUUUUGUCCUACUUUUUUGGUAAAGUUUUGGAGGAUGCAGAUGAUACAUAUGCAGCUUUAGCACUAAUGUAUGGUUAUGCUGCUAGAUAUGCUCCUUCAACAGUCAUUGAGGCUAGAAUAAAUGCACUAGUGGGAACCAAUAUGCUUUCACGUCUCCUUCAUGUUCAGCAUCCUACUGCAAAGCAAGCUGUUAUAACUGCAAUUGAUCUAUUAGGUCGUGCUGUCAUCAAUGCCGCUGAAAUGGGCAUUUCAUUCCCUUUGAAACGGAGAGAUCAAAUGCUUGAUUAUGUCCUGACAUUGAUGGGAAGAGAUGAGAAUGAGGGGUUGGUUGAUUCAAGUACUGAGCAUCUUCAUACUCAGAGUCUUGCUUUGAGUGCAUGUAAGACUUUGGUUUUAGUGGAGCCAAGAUUGCCAGUUGAAGCCAGAAACCGUGUUCUGAAGGCAACUUUAGGUUUUUUUGCUUUAUCAAGUGAUCCUUCAGAUAUUAUCAGUCCACUUGUGGACAAUCUAAUUUCUUUGUUGUGUGCUAUUCUUUCGACCAGUGGUGAAGAUGGGCGGAGUCGAGCCGAUCAGUUGCUGCAUAUUCUUAGACAGGUAGAUUCAUUUGUUUCAUCUUCUGUGGAGCACCAAAGAAGAAGAGGUUGUACUGCUGUGUAUGAACUGCUUCUAAAAUUCCGAAACCUUUUUUCUGGAGGAGUUUGUGGUCUAGGCUGCCAUUCAAGUUGUACUCACAAUAAACAGAUUGACAUAGUGACACAAAGAAAAUUUUCCAAUUUACCAUCUGCAUUUGUAUUGCCGAGUCGGAACUAUCUAAGCCUGGGUGAAAGAGUAAUGACUUAUCUUCCACGAUGUGCAGAUACAAGCUCUGAAGUUCGAAAAUUAGCAGCUCAGAUUCUUGGUCUAUUAUUCAGCAUGGCAUUAUCACUUCCAAAACUGGCAGCAUCUGUCGAUUAUAGCGAUAUUGAAGUUUCAUACAGUGCCUUGUCCUCUCUUGAAGAUGUUAUUUCCAUUUUAAGAAGGGAUGCAUCUAUAGAUCAGUCUGAAACUUUCAAUAGGGUUAUUUCAUCUGUUUGUGUUCUGCUAAUGAGAGAUGAGCUAGUUAUCUCAUUGAACACAUGCACCUCGGCUAUUUGUGACAAGAUUAAGCAAUCAGCAGACGGUGCUAUUCAGGCUGUCACUGAUUUCAUCACUAAGCGAGGCAAUGAAUUGCAUGAAUUGGAUAUUUCAAGGACAACACAAUCUUUGCUUUCAGCAACUGUCACCACAACUGAUAAACAUACACGCCAGGAAGUACUGAAUGCUAUAUCAUGCUUGGCGGAGAGUACUAACUCAAGCACUGUCUUCAAUGAAAUCUUGGCUGCUGCUGGAAGGGACAUAGCUAGUAAGGAUGUUUCGAGGAUUCGAGGUGGAUGGCCAAUGCAAGAUGCAUUUGUUGCAUUCUCCCAGCAUCCUGUCCUUUCAUAUUCAUUUCUGGAGUAUGUUGUUUCUGUUCUUGAUACACCUCUUCCUAAGACUGAUAUAGAUAAAGGACAGCAUUCUAAUCACUCUAUUGAAGCUCAAAAUGAUUGCCAGUUUCAGCAAGCAGCCAUUCUUGCUAUCACUGCAUUUUUCAGAGGUGGUGGCAAAACUGGAAAAAGGGCAGUUGAGCAAAGUUAUUCAACUGCCUUCUCUGUGCUUACACUGCAGCUUGGAAGUUGCCAUGGGCUUGCUGGUCUUGGCCAAGUUGAACCAUUGCGACGGUUGCUAUUAGCAUUUCAGUCAUUCUGUGAUUGUGCUGGAGACAUUGAGAUGGGAAAGAUAUUGGCUAGAGAUGGAGAAAACAAGGACAAAGAGAAGUUGAUUGAUUUGAUUCAGGAGGUUGCUUCAUGUACCUCCAUGAAAAGGCCUAAAGAGGUUUCACCAAUAAGCAUGAUCUUGAGUAAAGCAUUAAAUAGGCAUCAAAGGUUUCAAAGGGAAGCUGCUGCUGCUGCUUUAUCAGAAUUUAUCCGUCAUAGUGACGGAUUGUCUUCUGUGUUGGAACACAUUGUAGAAGUAAUGUGCUUGCAUGUUUCCGAUGAAUCACCGAUUGUGAGAAGCCUUUGUUUGUGUGGACUUGUUCAGAUACCAGAGAGUCACAUGCAUAACUAUAUUGCACAAGUUCUUGGAGUUAUUGUAGCUUUACUUGAAGACCCUGAUGAAUCUGUUCAAUUGACAGCAGUGCAAUGCCUGCUUAGUGUUCUCAACACAGCACCUGAAGAGGCUGUGAAUCACAUUUUAAUAAAUCUGUCUGUCCGACUGCGCAAUCUGCAGAUCUGCAUGAAUGAAAAAAUGCGUUCCAAAGCUUUUGCUGCCUAUGGAGCACUGAGCAAGUAUGCAAAGGGUUCGCAGCACCAGGCUUUUGUGGAGCAGGUUCAUGCCACCAUCCCUCGCCUCAUUCUCCAUCUUCAUGAUGAUGAUCUCAAUGUUCGUCAGGCAUGCAGGGUUACCCUUCGACAACUUGCACCCUUGAUCGAAGUCGAUGGCUUCUCCAACCUUUUUAACAAACAAGUUUUCAGUUCCGAAAGGAGAAGCGAUUAUGAGGAUUUCAUAAGAGAUUUUUCGAGGCAUGCCUAUCAACUCCUGUCUCCCAGAGUUAAUAGUUAUUUGGCAUCAUUGAUCCAGGCAUUUGAUUCGCCUUGGCCAGUGAUACAAGCAAAUGCAGUGUACUUCUCUAGUUGCUUGCUGUCACUCGCCGAAGAUCAACGUUCGUUGGCUCCAUACUGUUCACAGGCAUUGGGGGCAUUAGUGAACAAGAUGAGUAAAUCGACAGAUGCGACUGUCCGAGCAUCAUGCUCUUUUGCACUGGGUAUUUUGAUAAAGGCUUUCAACCCACUCGCUUAUGCAACACAACAACCAUUCGAUCGUGCUGACUCCAGUAGAAGUAAUGUUUUCGAAUAAGUUGCUAGAUUUCACAUCCCAUUGAAGUGACAAAGGUAAAGAAAGUAAAAAAACUCCAUGGCAGUUCUUCAGUUUACUCGAGUUCAAUAACUAGUCCAAAGUUUUUUUUUGUUGUAUAAUAUCCCUUCUGUUCAUGUGAUGUAUAGAUAUAGUUGCUUGGUAGUGUGUUAUACCAUUUAAUUUGUUCAUUCUGUAAAUUAAUGGUGUAUAUUCAUUAAUUUUCACUGGAAGGUUUGUUUUGAUAUAAUGUUUAAUUUUGGCUCUA